UACGUCGAAGUUCGUACUCCCGGGCAGAAAAAAUAGGGAUCUUUGUGUCGUCUCCGUCUUCCUCUAGUAGUAGUCCAACGCAGGGAACCGCAACCAUGCCUUUCUCAAACACCCACAACCAGAUGAAGCUUAAGUUCUCCGCGGAGGCUGAGUACCCAGACCUCAGCAAGCAUAACAACCAUAUGGCCAAGGUGCUCACUCCUGCAAUGUACGAGCGACUACGCAGCAAACAAACGCCAAGCGGAUUCACGCUGGAUGAUGUUAUCCAAACCGGCGUUGAUAACCCAGGCCAUCCCUUUAUCAUGACAGUUGGCUGUGUGGCCGGGGACGAGGAGACAUAUGAGGUGUUCAAAGAGCUUCUGGACCCCAUCAUCCAGGAUCGGCACGGCGGGUACAAGCCCACAGACAAACACAAGACUGACCUCAACCCAAACAACCUCAAGGGUGGAGAUGACCUGGACCCCAACUAUGUGCUCAGCUCCCGUGUCCGGACUGGAAGAAGCAUCCGUGGCUUCUGCCUGCCACCCCACUGCAGCCGAGGAGAGAGGAGAGCCAUUGAGAAGCUCUCUGUGGAAGCCCUGGGGGCUUUGGACGGAGAUCUCAAAGGGAAGUACUAUGCUCUGAAGAACAUGACUGAUGCAGAGCAGCAGCAGCUCAUUGAUGACCACUUCCUUUUUGAUAAGCCCGUAUCCCCACUGCUGCUGGCCUCUGGCAUGGCCCGCGACUGGCCCGACGCUAGGGGCAUCUGGCACAAUGACAACAAGACCUUCCUGGUGUGGGUGAAUGAGGAGGAUCACCUGCGUGUGAUCUCCAUGCAGAAAGGUGGUAACAUGAGGGAGGUCUUCACCCGUUUCUGCACCGGCCUCACAAAGAUUGAGGAGCUGUUUAAGAACAAGGGCCAUGCUUUCAUGUGGAAUGAGCACCUGGGCUACGUUCUCACCUGCCCAUCCAACCUGGGGACUGGCCUGCGUGGUGGCGUCCACGUCAAGCUGCCAAACCUCAGCAAGCACGCCAAGUUUGAGGAGGUGCUCAAGAGGCUAAGGCUGCAGAAACGUGGAACAGGUGGUGUGGACACUGCAGCUGUGGGCGGGGUGUUUGACAUCUCCAACGCAGACAGGCUGGGCUUCUCUGAGGUAGAGUUGGUACAAAUGGUGGUGGAUGGAGUCAAACUGCUUAUUGAAAUGGAAAAACGCCUGGAGAAGGGCCAGUCCAUCGACGACCUCAUACCCGCCCAGAAGUAAAGUCUCUACCCCUAAUCUUCAUCCUCUCCCUCCCUUUUCUCUGAUAUCCUCCAUCAUACCCUCUUUCCCCCACCCCACUCAUUGGAAUGAACGUAUGUAUAUCGGUACCGUCCAGGAAUGCACACUGUACUUAAGGGUACUUGAUCUGUCACUGUGGUGGAUUCUCCAGACCUGAGGAUGGUUAUGAAGACUUGACAAUAAACAGU